GAUUUGACAGUUGAUUGCCCAUUUUCCGUUGUGUAUUGUGUAGGUUAAUAAAAAUAUAUAAUAAUGAUCACUGUUUUGAAUACUAUUGAUACCGGCCAUGAAGAUAUGAUACACGACGCCGAACUGGAUUAUUACGGACUAAAACUAGCUACAUGUUCUUCGGAUAAUUCAGUGAAAAUAUACGACAUUAAGAAUGGUACACAAACAUUGGCUGCUGAUUUGAAGGGUCAUUUUGGCCCCGUGUGGCAGGUAGCUUGGGCUCAUCCUAAGUAUGGGAACCUAUUAGCGUCAUGCUCUUAUGACAGGAAAGUUAUCAUAUGGAAAGAGUCUGGAGAGUGGACUAAACUAUACGAACACACUGGACACGAAAGCUCUGUGAACUCUGUUGCGUGGGCGCCGGCUGAGUACGGCUUAAUCCUCGCUUGUUGUAGUUCAGAUGGCUCAAUCUCUAUCAUACAAUAUUCACAAGAUACUGGUAAUUGGGACGUAAAAAAGAUAACGGGUGCACAUGCCAUUGGUGUUAAUUCUAUUAGUUGGUGCCCAGCUUUAUCUGCAGAUUUGAACUUAGAUCCGCUUACCAAUAAAGAUGCUCCAAAGAGAUUAGUUACUGGAGGAUGUGAUAAUUUAAUCAAGAUUUGGAGAGAGCAAGGUGAUCAAUGGGUUGAAGAGAACAGAUUAGAGUUGCACAUUGAUUGGGUCAGAGAUGUAGCGUGGGCACCCUCUCUGGGAUUACAACGUUCCAUGAUUGCCAGCUGCUCCCAAGACAAGAGGGUUGUCAUAUGGUCUAGUGAUGAUAAUGUAUCUUGGACCCCAACAAUAUUAAACACAUUUGAUGAUGUAGUAUGGAGUGUUAGCUGGUCACUCACUGGCAACAUCUUGGCUGUAUCAGGAGGAGAUAACAAAGUCAGCCUUUGGCGUGAGAGCACUGACGGCCAGUGGUUAUGUAUUAGUGAAGUUGCCAAAGGUUUGGGCCAAACACCCAAUGAUGAAAGAAGCACACUUUGAAUUUGCUUUUAAUUUCAUUUGUUAAUUUUGUAAUCUGCUAAUAGUAAUAUAAAAUAUGUACAUUAA